UUUUGGUUUUGAAGUUUUGGAUUUUGUAAAAAUCUGAAAAUUUUUGAUCAGAACUCUUGCUAUUGAGUUAUUGUUUCAAUUUCAACUAAGCCAGUGACUCCUAUGCCUAUUCGUAAAGGAUAAAAAGAUCCCACAAUAUGCAGCCUACUAGAAAAAUAACAAAUACCACUCAAACAAUAUCUUUCUCGGAAGGAGAUGGAGUGACAAGUUCCGAGGUUUAUGCCACAGAUGUGGUGGUCACCACAAAUGCUGGUAACCACAACCAUGGAAGCUCCAAGUUUAAGCUGAAAAGCCUGGUAGACUACAACUGGGAGCCAAAAUUCUACCCUGGACAACUCUUGGCUGUGCACCUGAGUGGAAAAUACUUAGCUUACUGUAUUAAAGCACCUAACGCCAACAACCCAGGCACCUGGAAUGGGAUGGUGCGGGUGGUGUACCAUGCCGAGUCUGGAACUGAUCAUCGCACCCUCAUCAAAGGAAUGAAGGGAGAGAUUCAAGAUUUGGACUUUGCCCACAUCCACAACCAAGUGGUGCUGGCGUGUAUUGACGAGUUUGGAAACUUUUAUGUUUAUGAGAUUGAAGCAAGUGAUACAGGAUUAAGGAGUGUGUGCGUGGCGGAGGUGCGCGAGGACACGGGCGCGGGGAGUGCGGGGGGCGCGGCGCACCGCGUCGUGUGGUGCCCCUACAUCCCCGACGACGAAGACGACGAUGAUGACGUCGCCAGGCUGCUGCUAACUACGCACGCUAAUAUCGCGCGCAUGUGGAACGUGCGGGCGGUGAGCGCGGCGAGCGCGGGCGCGGGGUGGAGCGGGGCGAGCGCGCUGCUGGCGGCGGGGGCGGGGCGCGCGGCGGGCGCGCACGCCGAGCCGCUCACCGCCGCCGCCUUCUCGCCCGACGGCACCGCGCUCGCUACCGCCGCCAUGGACGGCUACGUUAUGUUCGCCCAGGUGUACAUGAACAACGAGAACAGCCCGCGCUGCCUGCACAAGUGGCAGCCGCACGACGGCAAGCCUCUCAGCUGCCUCUUCUUCCUCGACAACCACAAGAGCUACAACCCCGACGAGCAAUUCUGGAAGUUCGCCGUGACGGGCGCGGACAACAACACCUCCAUAAAGAUCUGGACGUGCAAGUCAUGGGAGUGUCUCCAGACCAUUACCUUCCAGCCGACCAUCAACACCAGCGGCAUGAAGGCCAUGCUAGACUCCAGCGCCAGCUACCUGCUGCUGUCGGACUUCGACAACCGCAGCCUCUACGUCCUCAACAUGAUCCGAGACAGCGAGGAUACUGAGGCGUACUGCAAGAGUAUAUCCGAAUUCCUGUUGCCAUAUCCCGUGCUCAGUUUCUGCAUUGUUGAUGCUGAGGAGCAGCAGGCGAAGUCUGAGUCCCGGUGCGACGAGCCCUUCCACCGCAACGGCAACGGCGACGACUCCACGCACUCGCCCGACGACUUCGACCUGCAUAACAAUGGUAGCGACGGUGGGUCGCCGCAGCUGGCGCGGCUGGUGCGCGUGCGGCUGUACAUCGUGCAGCCGAAGGGCCUGCAGGAGGGCACGCUGCUGUACGCGCCGCCCGCGCCCCUCACACACAUCCCUGAUCUAGAGUCGCUGACGUUGGAGGAGGGCGGGGAGGAGGCGGCGGAGACGAGCGCCGUGCCGUCCAGCAUCCUGCAGCAGCAGACGCAGCAGCUCAAGAACCUGCUCAUGCGCUCGCAGACGCAGCCCGGCAGCCUUAUGGUGCAGCGGCCCGAGUCUCCCGCCAUGCCCUCGCUCAACCUCAUGACUCCGGAUGCGUUCAGCUCGCCCAGCAAGCGCGAUGACGACGAUCCGCCGCUGUCGGCGACGCCGGAGAUAGCGGCCAAGGCGCGCCUGCCCGUCGUGCCCCCGGUUGUAGAAGAGAUCCCGUCCAUCGCUGACAGCAAGCAGGUGUCGGGCGGGUCCAGCCCCAGCCUCGAGGUGCAGCAGAUCAUGGGGCACAGCGACGAAACAUUCUUCGCUGAGAUGGAGGACACGACCCCGACCGUGGCUGCGGCAACUGUGACCGAUGGAGGCAGCUCGGGGGCGGAGCCUCUGUACCCGCCCCCGGCCUUUGCCCCUCCAGAACCCUCGGCGCCCGCGCUGCCCCACCCUGGAAACGACACAUCGUGGCCGAAAAUAUCCCUGGCGCACAUAACAGAGGCGAAUCAACGCAAAGCGUCGAGCGACAAGUCGAGCAACCAGAGCGUAAACACGUCGCUCAACUCGUCGCUGCCGGCGCCCCUGACGCCUCUGGCGGCGCCCUACGCCGCACCCCUGCCGCCCUCCGCCCCCGCGGCCCCGCCCGCCGCCGUGCCCGAGCGUCUGCCCGCCGACUACCUGUCCAAAGCUAGGCUCGACGCUCUUGAACAGAAGUUGGACAGUUUAAUGGGUAAGUUAGAGCGCGUGACGCGUCUGGGCGAGGCGGCGGCGCGGGCUGCGGGGGGCGGCGCGGCGCGGGCGCUCGAGCCGCUGGCGGCGGCGUUGCAGCACGAGCUCGCCGCCAAGCUGUCCGCCACAGACGACCUGCUGCGGGCCAACAUCGACAAGCUCGCCGGCAGCAAGACAAUAAUGGAGAAGCUGAGCAGUUCCAUCGCGGCGUCGCUGGCGGACAUGGUGCGCGCGGCCCUGCGCGACGCGCUGUUCGAGAGCGCCGUGCCCGUCAUGGAGAAGGCGCACGCGCAGAUCUUCAAGCAGAUCAACCAGGCCUUCCAGAACGGCACUAAGGAGUACUGCGCUCACACGGAGACAGCGGCUCGCGCGGCGGCGGAGCGCGGUGCGGCCGCUGCGACGGCGGCGCUGCGGGCGGCGCUGGACGCACACGCAGAGGCGCUCGCCGCCGCCACGCGCUCGCCGCUCACGCCGCAGGCCUUCGCCAAGCAGCUGCAGGAGGUCGCACACGCAGUUCUGGAGAAAGAGAUGACUUGGUGGCGCGAGCAGGCGCGCGCGGUACAGAUGUCUCGCACGCACUCGCCCGCCACACCCGCCUCUACGCCUGCGAUGGACCGACAGAUGCAAGCGAACCAGAUCCUGGCGAUGAUAAACCGUGGCGAGGUAAACGCGGCGUUCCAAACGGCGCUGUCGGCGGCGGACCUCGCGCUGGUGGUGGCGGCGUGCCGGGGGGCGGAACCCGCGCGCGUUUUCGGCCCGCCCUGCCGCCUCCGCCAGCCCGUGCUGCUGUCGCUGGUCCAGCAGCUCGCUGCAGACAUGGCGCACGACACCGCGCUUAAACAUAGAUACCUAGAAGAAGCCAUCAUGAACUUGGACACGAGCAACCAGGUGACCCGCGAGCACCUGCCGGUGGUGAUCCGCGAGCUGCAGAAGCAGAUCGUGGCCUUCCUCAACGCCAACCCGGGCUGCGCGCUCGGCAAGCAAUUCAAGAUGCUGCUGAUGGCCACCGAGUCGCUGGUCAAGUCGGUCUGACCGCGCGCGUGCUGCCACUGCCACUGCGACUACCGGACUGCGCACUGACGCGGUGCCCCCGUGUGCUCGCACUGACGUAAUACACGCGGUCAGAGACUGUCGUGACACGCCCCACUCCCCACUCCCACUAAGUGACAACGGAUUAUUCGGAGCUAUGUUCAAACUAUUAGUGACUCCACUCUCACUAAGCGACACUAGUGUUAAGUAAAAGGCUGUGAUUACUGUAUAACUGACUUGUAAACGAGAUCGUAACGAUGCUUCCUGAGUUAAGGUAACUGUAAGAUUCAUAGUGUAAGAUCGAGUGACAUAUAAGUUGGUUACGAUAUUUUGCUUGUGAGAUAAUUCUCAAUUCUUGAGAAAAAAAAAACACUUUAAACCAGGGGUUCCC